GGCGAAUGUGCGGCGGGGCGGAGCGGAGCCGAGGGGCGUGGCGGUGCGGGCGGUAUAGGAGGCAAAGGGGAUCAGCGAGGAGCAUGGCGCUGCUCAGAGGUGUAUUCAUUGUCGCAGCAAAGCGGACUCCUUUUGGCACCUAUGGAGGGCUGCUGAAGAACUUGUCAGCCACUGAUCUGACAGAGCAUGCUGCUCGGGCUGCACUGGCUGCUGGCAAGGUCCCCCCUGAGAUCGUUGACAGUGUAAUUGUUGGCAAUGUCAUGCAGAGCUCUUCAGAUGGUAUUUACAUUGCAAGACACGUUGGUUUACGUGUGGGAGUCCCUAUCCCAGUUCCAGCCCUCACUGUCAACAGGCUCUGUGGCUCUGGUUUCCAGUCCAUUGCUAAUGGAUGCCAGGAAAUUUGCCUUAAUGACUCAGAAGUGGUUCUGUGUGGUGGAGCUGAAAACAUGAGCCAGGCGCCUUAUGCAGUUCGAAACAUCCGAUUUGGAACCAGGCUAGGAGCAGAACUGAAGUUGGAAGACACACUGUGGGAAGGUCUAACUGACACGUAUGUUAAAAUCCCAAUGGCAAUUACAGCUGAAAAUCUGGCUGCAAAACACAGCAUCACACGAGAGGACUGUGACCGAUACGCACUGAAAACACAACAGAGAUGCAAAGCUGCUCAAGAUGCUGGUCAUUUUAAUGCUGAGAUGGCACCAAUUGAAGUGAAAACAAAAAAAGGGAAGGAAAGCAUUCAAAAGGAUGAGCACCCGAAACCCCAGACCACUCUGGAACAGCUGGCAAAACUCCCACCUGUCUUUAAAAAGGAUGGGACAGUCACUGCUGGAAAUGCUUCAGGGGUGUGUGAUGGAGCUGGUGCAGUCAUUAUUGCCAGCGAAUCAGCACUUAAAAAGCACAGCCUCACUCCUCUGGCAAGAAUAGUUGCCUACCACUCAUCUGGCUGUGACCCUUCCAUAAUGGGCAUUGGCCCUGUUCCUGCAAUUACUGAGGUUCUGAAGAAAGCAGGACUGACUUUGAAGGACAUGGAUUUGGUAGAGGUGAAUGAGGCAUUUGCACCUCAGUAUCUGGCUGUUGAAAAAGUGUUGGGCCUGGACCCUGAAAAAACCAAUGUCAAUGGAGGUGCCAUUGCUGUGGGUCACCCCUUGGGUGCUUCAGGGUCGCGGAUCACAGCUCAUCUGGUUCAUGAAUUAAGGCGUCGUGGUGGGAAAUAUGCCGUUGGGUCAGCUUGCAUUGGAGGUGGACAAGGUAUUGCUCUUCUCAUCGAGAACACAGCUUGAGAGGUUCUGGAGCUGGCAGUGUUGCCUGAAUUACCAGAUCUCUGGAAAACUUUGGCGUUUAUGAUGGUAAAUCAUCAAUGAGUCCCUUCAUAUAGUACCAUUCCUGUAACAUAAAGGAAUGUCUGAGAGGUCUGUAUUCUAAACAAGAAGAUCCAAUAAUGUCUAAUACCAAUAUAAUUUCACACUGAUGAAGUGUUUUUUAAAAGCCUCUUUUCAAUCAAGUUUAAUGUAUUGCUGUAGGCAAAAUUCUUAUUUCCUGAGGAAAUUGCCUGUCAAACUUUCACCAAAUCUGCCUUAAAUAGCAAUGUAGCUUUUUCAGCAAGUACUGCUUCAGCUUGUCUAAUUUUGGCUGUUGUCUGGCACAUGUGCCUCUUUUAUCAUCAGGAAGUGUGAAAAUGUCAUGGGAGACCAUCUGAAGUAUGUGUUAAUUGUAGACUGAUGGCUCCGAAUUGUACUCUGCUAUUUUGCAAGGCAGAAGAGAAAUUGAGAUUUAUUUUUUCUUGUGCCUCUCAAGAGAUCAAUAAAUUGAACAGAUAAAAAGA